CACUUACCCGCCUUGGAAUGCAUAUAUAUGCAAUUAAUUACUCGAUCGUUCCGGGGUCAGUACAGUUUAUUUGAUCAUGCAAACAAAUAUUGCUGACAAGUGUUCGGGCGUAACGUCCUGGUCCAUGCAUGACGGGUGACAUCAUCAUUUGUGUGUAUGUGUGAGCUACACGUUUUGUUUGUGACAUAGUAGGUCACGGACAGCGAUAUACUUUCAAGAGGAAUAAGACCGACUACUGUGAUAUCUUCCCUGCCAGACUACAUGGAUCCUGAUCGACGGAAACCCAACACAAAUGGUGUUCUUUAUCAAUAUUAUGUACGACAUACCUGUGUUCUGCAAUUACCCAAAUGAACACCAGAUAGUGUCAUCUAUCAAUAGCUUGCGUCUGUAUUAGACGCUUUGUGACAAUGAUAAUAAUGUGGUUUGAUAAGAUAGUUGGUUUGAUUAUACUUUCACGCCAUCUGACGUAGACGAUACAAUCACUUGAUAAGUUAGUAUAAAAAUGCACCAGAUCAAUGUCUGCAUAACCCGGACGUAGUUUGCUGUAAUAAUGUCUUCAGUAACGUACAAAAGUCUAGGUAAAGAUGGAGAUGAGGAUAUGAAAGUUCAAGUCCGUGAAAUCCCCCACAAGAAACCAACGACGACAUGCUUUGUCUACCUUCUGACGUUCUCUGCGACAAUCAGCGGCUUUCUGAUGGGCUACGACAUCGGCGUCGUGUCCGGGUCCAUGUUGCUGAUCGUGCCGCACUUCCAUCUCGACACGGUGUGGACGGAAGCCAUCGUCAGUGCCAUAGUCGGAGCUGCCGCUCUGUUUGCUCUUUCGUCUGGGUAUCUCGCUGAUGUGUUUGGAAGAAAGAAGAUCAUCAUAUUUUCCAGUAUUGCCUUCGUCACUGGCGCCGUUAUCAUGGGAGCCUCGCCCACAAAGGAAAUACUACUACUUGGACGUCUAGUGGUUGGUGCUGGCAUAGGCCUGUCCAUAGCAACGGUAGCUGUCUAUAUAGCAGAAUCUGCUCCAGCACACAACAGGGGAGGUUUGGUGUCCUUGAAUCAGCUCUUUAUCACCAUAGGCAUUUUUGUAUCUAGUGUUAUAGUUGGUGGCUUCAGCGAAAUAGAAGACAUUGGAUGGAGAUUCAUGCUUGGUCUUCCUGGAGUGGCUGCGAUCAUUCAGCUGAUCGCCUUUCUGUUUUUACCAGAGAGCCCCAGGUGGCUUGUGGGUAGAGGCAGAGACGAAGAGGCACGCGCUGUACUUGAGAGGAUUCGUGGAACAGACGACAUCGCGAAGGAGUUUAAUGAGAUCCAGGAAACCGUGGUGGAAGACAAGCUGAGUGGAGACGGUUUCAUCAUCACGAAGGUUUGCUCAACGCCUCACGUCAGACGCGCUCUUCUGGUUGGCUGCAUGCUGAUGUUCUUCCAGCAGAUGUGUGGCAUCAACACGGUCAUAUACUACAGUGCCACCAUUAUGAAAAUGGCGGGGUUUUCAAGCAAACACUCAAUCUGGAUGGUUACUGUGCCAAAUGGCGUCAAUUUCCUUUCAACAUUCAUCGGGUUGUGGCUUGUAGACAGACUUGGACGAAAAAUAAUUACACUUGUCAGUAUAGCAGGUGUGUGUGUGGCUUUGUGUAUCCUUGCCACUGGUUUCCAGUUGGCUGCCCUGAAUGCUCCACCUGUAAAUUUUACGGAAUCGUUCAGCAAUGGAACUCUGUACAACUCGUCAUGUGCAUCAUACACAAACUGUGAUAGCUGUACGAACGACGUAGACUGUGGAUUUUGUUUUAACGAUACGUCCUUGGGAUCUUGUCUUCCUGUGGAUAAGGACAAUUCACAAAAUUCACAAUUUGGACGUUGCAACGAAACAGGCCAAUCAGAUUCUUCGUUUAAUUUUGAUGUUGGGUUUUGUCCAAAUAAUUUCAUGUGGAUGCCAGUUGUUGGAAUGGCCUUACUGGUGUUUUCGUUUGCGCCAGGCCUUGGACCUAUGCCUUUGACAAUCAACGCCGAGAUAUACCCACUGUGGGCUAGGAGCACGUGCAGUGCAAUUGCAAUGUGCGUCAACUGGUCUUUCAACCUGGUCGUCUCUUUCACCUUCUUGACCCUCACGGAAACAAUAACCAGAUAUGGGACGUUCUGGCUGUAUGCAGGAGCAUGUGUAUGCGGGUUUAUAGCAAUAGCGAUCUUUCUGCCCGAAACGAAACAAAAGACAUUAGAAGAAAUGGAACAGAUAUUCUUGUCGAAAAAAGAGAGAAAGAAACGUCAGUUUAGUGAAAAUCCAAAACUUGAACAAAACUGAGCUGGUCGUUAUUCACAGGCGCGGAUUUAGUGGGGGGCCCAAGGGGCCCGCCCCCCCCCCCCCCCCCCCACCCCCUAUUUUAAAAAUCCUGGAUCCGCGCCUGAUUCCUCACAAUUUAUGGAAUGGUUUCCUAACUUCAAGACUAUUUCAUAAUUUCAUAACCUAUUUUAUAAUAAUUUUUAAAAUGCUUUCUUGCAAAGUUGCUUUAUCACCAAAAUAUGUAUAAAGGAUUAAAUACCUUUAAUUACAUACCCACACAUUUUUAUUUUUAUUUUUUAUUUUUAAAAAGUUAUAUUAUUUCAGACUCCAACAAGGGUGACCGACAAAUGACGUCACAAUUUAAAUUUGAAUAUAUUAUGUAUGCAUGCUUUAAAGGGACUGUCCUGAGUUUGCGGCCAUUGUAAAGUGUUUCCAACUAACAGUCUUUUUGACGACUAAAAUUACAUAUUUAAUACAUAUUCUUGUUUACAAUAUCAGCGUCUGUGUAUCCAAUGUGUUUGUGGUCAUGUGCUAAUGUUGACAUAUUUAAUUGAUUUCGUAAUGUAUAUUUUUUCGUACGUACGAAAUUUCUUGAAGUUAAAAUCUAAUUUUGGCUACUACAAACAUUAGGACAACAAAUACCUUGUUUAUACAAAUACUGAUAUUCUAAACAGGAAAAUAUCUUUAAAAUGUAAUUUUAGUCAUCAAAUAACAUAUGUCAGUCUAAAGCCCCGGUCACACUGUCAAGGAUCGUCUGGCCGGAUCAACGACGGAUGAAAACCUCAUGGAUGACCCGGAUAGCGGUCUUUCCGCGGUCCCUUACGAAUGUACCACGUUUUAACAACGGUUUUCGACGGAUAAACCAAGGAUUAUUAAUGAUAGGGGUUCUUUAACAACGGGAAGCGCUACGGAUCGCUAAGGAUCGGUACAAUUUAGUACGGACCACAACGGAUUGUCACGAAUGAUGCCGGAUCGUAUCCGUGGCUAACCCGGCAUCCUGAUCCUUGACAGUGUGACCGGGGCUUUAGACAGGUUACAAUGACAGCAAACUCAGGACAGACCCUUUAAAAUAUGGGGAAUGAAAGCGGAAACAUGCAACGUUAUUUAUUGUUAUGUAUAUACAUAUAACUAAAUAUAUUUGAUGCUGAA